GCAGGUUUUUCGACUCUGCAAGGCACUAGGACCUGGGAGCAGAUGAGUUAGGCUGGUAGGAAUCCCUUGGCUGGGAGCAGGGAUAACAAAGGCAGACUGAGAAUAGCAGUCAUUCCAGCAGCAUCCUAAGCCUGUACCAGCAGCAGCACCACGAUCUCCAGAGGAAGAGACGAAAUGGAGCUUGAAUUUGGCCACUUUGAUGAGAGGGAUAAGACUUCCAGGAAUGUGCGUGGAUCUCGAAUGAAUGGCUUACCUAGCCCUACCCACAGCGCCCACUGCAGCUUUUACCGGACCCGGACCCUGCAGGCACUGAGCAAUGAAAAGAAGGCCAAGAAGGUCCGAUUCUACCGCAAUGGAGAUCGCUACUUCAAGGGGAUUGUCUAUGCGGUGUCCUCUGACAGGUUCCGAAGUUUUGAUGCUCUGUUGGCUGACUUAACUAGGUCGCUUUCUGAUAACAUUAAUCUGCCCCAGGGGGUUCGCUGUAUCUACACCAUUGAUGGAAUGAACAAGAUAUCCAGCAUGGAUGAGUUAGAGGAAGGUGAAAGCUAUGUUUGCUCUUCUGACAACUUUUUCAAGAAAUUGGAAUACACCAAGAAUGUGAACCCCAACUGGUCAGUCAAUGUGAAGACAUCAGCCAGUAAAAAGUCCCUCCAAUCUCUAGGGAGUUGCAACAAUGCACAGUCCAAGGAGAACAAGGACUUUGUGCGCCCCAAGCUGGUGACAAUCAUUCGAAGUGGAGUGAAGCCACGUAAAGCUGUGCGAGUCCUCCUGAACAAAAAAACAGCCCAUUCAUUUGAACAGGUCCUCACUGAUAUCACCGAAGCCAUUAAAUUGGAAACUGGCGUGGUCAAAAAGCUAUAUACCCUGGAUGGAAAACAGGUAGCCUGUCUGCAUGAUUUCUUUGGGGAGGAUGAUGUGUUCAUCGCCUGUGGCCCUGAGAAAUUCAGAUAUGCACAAGAUGACUUCUCCCUGGAUGAAAAUGAGUGUCGUGUAAUGAAGGGAACUCCAGCUCAAACUCCCAAGUCAUCUUCUUCUGCCAAUCUGAAAAGUACAGCGAAGAGCCCAGCCCCAUCCCGUCGGAGCAAGUCCCCUGCCGAUUCAGCCAAUGGAACAUCCAGCAGUCAGCUGUCAACACCCAAAUCCAAGCAGUCACCAAUCUCUACCCCAACCAGCCCAGGAAGUCUUCGUAAGCACAAGGAUCUUUACCUGCCCCUGUCUCUGGAUGACUCUGAUUCCUUGGGAGAUUCCAUGUAAAGUCACUGAAUGUUGCCCCCAGUUGACAGGAGCUUGCAGUAGAAAGAAGACCUGGCCAACCUGGUGCUUUCUUGACUUUGGAUACAAUUACAGCUCAGUUCCAUUUCAUUAUUUUUCCUGAUUUACUGUGUGUGUGCCAUACAUCUUUGUGAUUCAAAAGAAUUCAUGUUAAUUGAAAGAAAAGACAGGCAAUUUGUUACUUUCCAGCCAUUAAUAAACGACAGCGUCCUCCAUCCUUUCGGUGGAAAUUAAAGGUAGCUGUAGGGAAGCAAUUGUCAGAAAGCCAUGGGUUGGUUAUGAAUGGUUUGUAGUAACGAAGCAGGCUUCAAAAUGUGUGUAUGUGUGCCAAGUUCCCCUAUUGUGAUCAAUUUCUGAUCUUCAAUAUGGCAGUAGGCUGGUAAUAGUGUCAUUCUUACUAAAUCACUGGCACUAUUAGCAACCCUGUUAGCUGUGUUCCCUUUAUAUGUAGCAAAGUAGGACAAUCCAAGGAACACUAGAUACUGUAUAUGUAUAGACUGUUCUGCUGAUCCUAUUUGUAUUAUAAUGGAAAUCAAGCCCUCAGACCCCUCCUAGUCACAAUGUUCCACUGAUAUCACAACACCAAAUAAAUCCUAAUGGGGUGUUUGGGGUCAGCACUACUGCUCAGCUGCACUCGGCUUUAUCAACCCACAGAAAAUCAAUGUGUUCAACUGGUCAAAGCAGUCAAACAGACUCAGACAAAUUGAAAACAUUACCAGAUUUGAUAAAUGAGUCUGUUUAUUACAAACGUUCCUGACAGUCCGGAAUAUUUUGAUGCACCUGAAAAAAAAGAACAAACUGCUGGCAAUACUUUCCUAUUUCUCCCACACAAUCUAUAUGCCUGACAAAACACAGUUUGCUUUUUUUAGUGCUGUAGAUAUAAAGGGUGAUAUUACACAAAUGCCUACUCAGCAUUAAGUUGGGAAGAAAUGUGUUGUUGAUACUGUGUGCUAUCAGUCUAUGAAACCUCACCUUUUAUCUGUAUUGUGCUGCUAAAAAAGGCAAAGAUGAUGUCUAGGCUGAUCAUUUACUGAUCUAACUUUUUUUAGAUUAGGUUUGCUGCUUCAUUAACUGAUUAAUACAUUGAAAUUAUAUAAUUAGUGCAUUUGUGGUAGCGAACAAGACAUCAGCUUGGCCACAUUUGCCAAAUUCUUUGGAAACCAUGCAUAGCCAUAUGGGCACUUGUGUUUUUUUAGUACAACUCUGACUUCCCCUCUCCAAUCUUAACACAUCCAUCAUGCUUUAGUAUUGUGUUCCUGUCUAGCACCAGCCAGCACUGCCAAUGGGAACAUGACUUCUUAUUUUAGCAGCAGAUGGCAGAAAUGUUUAUAAAAAUAGAAGCAAAUCUGAAGGGGAUGAUUCACUUUUUGUAACUGAAGACAUUGGAAGAUAAAGGUCGUUAGGUUUGCCGAGUUUAUCAGUAAACCUGUCAUGGCUCUAAUCUCUUAAUAUGGUUCUCAAUCAAUUUAGGGAUAUUAUAUGAACAGGAUGAGGGGAAUUAUUUUUAAAGAUUUGGAGAUAAUACCAGAGAACAGGUGGGAUGCAAUCAAAUACUACAAAGUGACAGUAUUUCAUGAUAAUCCACACCAGCUAAACUAGACUUAAACAUUGAUCUGAAAUGUGCACAGAAUAAGUGUAAGUGAUAUGCCUUGAAGAUUAAAAUGCCAGCCUUG